AUGUCGCAUACCACGUCUUGGGACCUCGCCUAUGGCCCUCCCGCUUCCGAUCCGCGUAAAGAAAGGGAUUAUGGGACCUGGCUAUGUACGGCUGGGCCAUACUUGAGCAAGAUCAAAGCAGCCUGUAGUCUUCAGCCUGCUCUUCGUCUCCCAGAUCCAAGAAACUAUGCCGUCCCGCUAUGUAAUAGAUCCGCUCGAGCCACGUUAUUUAGCUUCUCUGAGGAUGGUGCUCCUCGGCGCAGCGACUUCAUUGGCGUGGAGGGCCCGGAGAAACUGGCGCUUCAUUUUCAAAGCUCUCGGCCGGGUCGGAACGUAUACUUGUUAGAGGGACUUAAUCCGGCGUAUAUUGCAGUAUUUGGCGAUGCUCUCCGUAUAGAUCCAAGGUUCUUCGCCGACCAUGACCGCAAUUCUGCCGAUCUCAGUCUUCCCUUCGAACCAAGCAUCAUAACUCGGCUGCCUUCACUUUUGAACCAAGACCAGUCAAUCAUGAUGGGGUACCACGAGCUACGGAACCCAGACAGAAGAUUCGAAUCCUUCAACGUCUCAUGCGCUGAGAGUGGGAGAGAUAUGUGGACAAGUAGGCUUGCACAGGGAUGGGAAUAUCCUAUUAUUCUUCAUCAGAAGUGCUCGGCCUGGACUACUGUGCUCAAGGACCAGGACGCAAACGGCUGGUCAGUAUUAAUACUCUGCGAUCCACCGAUCAGAAAGGCCCAUCUCUGGUCUAAACAAGCAUCCUCGAAAUGGGAAUAUGAUAUGAUCAAUAUGAAGACGACCCCUUUCCAAGGGGGAUAUGCUGAUUUUGUCCCGCGCUCAUUUCCUCUACAUCCAGAUGACCAGUUUCAAGGCCCUCCAAGGGAUGGGCUACAUGAUGACCUUUGUUAUUACUUUACCACAGCACACAACACUCUCUCAGAGGGCGUGAAGCUGCCUCACCAUGCAACUAUCUUCAUGAAGAAGAUUAUAGCAUCACACUACCUACAGCUUAUAUCCUAUCACCAGGCCAAUUUGGCAACAAUGGAAUACCCGCUUCAGAGAAUAAUUGGACUUGGCCAAUUGAAAACCACUCAACUUCAACAACAAUGGAGUGACAUCCAACUCAUGUGCGCCCGAUGUGCUCACUAUCUCAAGACCGCCUCCUCCAUUAUGACUCAACUAGGCAUCCCUCUAGAAUAUCCGAACAGAGGAAGCAUCAACGACACUACAUGGACAGAGUCCAACCUAGACUUUCAAUACAUUCACCACGAACUGAACAGGCUUGUAGAGAGGGCACUAUUCUUCAAUGAUUCACUCACGGGUUUGACGGGGAUUGUGGGAAAUGAACAAGCAUUGUUUGAGACAAGACGGUCUAUCCGUGAAGCAAAAGCGGUCAAGGCCUUGACCCUCGUCGGUAUGGUGUUCAUCCCUUUGGCUUUCACGACUGGUCUUUUUAGCAUGUCUGAUGAGUAUCUGCCUGGGAUGGAGAAAUUCUGGACCUUUUUCGCAGUGUCGGUGCCAUUGGUCUUGUUAGUCUUUAUUGGUACAAGUCUAUUCGACAUUGGGUAUGAUGCCAGUGGUAGCUGGCAUAUUGACAUUUUCAGAAAACGGCUGUACGAACUGCCGUCCUCACUUUGA